AGGAGACUGUAUCACCUGACCAGGACCCUGGCGGGGCAAUGGCGGCGCUCGUGGUGCGUUUGUCCUGUCUUGGAAAGCGUUGGGUUUUAGCCUGCAUUGACGGCGGUUCUCGCCACGGAAGAGGGGCUGCGAUUGGGCUCACGUCCAGGAGGAAAAGGGGACAGAGCUCCGUGGCUCAGCAGCCCCUCAUCGCCGUCCAGAAGUCAAGGAAAGGUGAACGCGAGUGGGCAGCUGUGGUAGGUUUGGAAAUUCAUGCCCAGAUCUCUUCCAACUCUAAACUCUUCUCUGGAUCUCAAGUCCACUUUGCAGCACCUCCAAAUUCUUUGGUAUCUUUUUUUGAUGCAUCUCUGCCUGGAACUCUGCCGGUUCUCAACAGGAGAUGCGUAGAAGCAGCUGUGAUGACAGGCCUGGCACUGAACUGCCGCAUCAACAAGAAGUCCUUGUUUGAUAGGAAGCACUACUUCUAUGCGGACCUCCCUGCAGGCUACCAAAUUACCCAGCAAAGACUCCCGAUUGCUGUGAAUGGCUGCUUAGCGUACAGUGUCUCAGUGGGGAAGAAGCCGAGUCAGGUGAGCACCAGGACCGUGAGGAUCAAGCAGAUCCAGCUGGAGCAAGACAGUGGCAAAAGCCUCCAUGAUGAGCCGCGGUCUCAGACGCUCAUCGAUUUGAACAGGGCAGGAGUUGGCCUUCUGGAAGUGGUGCUGGAGCCCGACAUGUCCUGUGGAGAAGAGGCAGCGUCAGCCGUCAGGGAGCUGCAGCUGAUACUUCAAGCCCUGGGGACCAGCCAGGCAAAUAUGGCAGAGGGCCAGUUGAGAGUGGAUGCCAAUAUAUCUGUGCACCAUCCUGGAGAGCCUCUGGGUGUUCGAACUGAAGUGAAGAAUCUCAACAGUGCCAGGUUCUUGGCCAAAGCAAUAGACUUUGAAAUUAAGAGACAAAUCCACGAACUUGAGAAUGGACGUAAAAUUCUGAAUGAAACGCGCUCAUUUGACGACAAGCUGGGGUGCACCAUGCCGAUGAGAGACAAAGAAGGAAAACAAGACUACAGGUUUAUGCCCGAACCCAACCUGCCUCCGCUCCUGCUCUAUGACACCGCGUCUCUGCCUCCUGGUGCAGACCCACAGCAAGUGAUCAACAUUGACUGGAUUCGGGAGCGGCUCCCUGAGCUGCCCGGUAAGACCCGGGAGAAGCUCAUUCAACAGUAUGGGAUGCUGCCAGAACACAGCUUCACCUUACUGAAUGAAGUUGGCCUACUGGAGUUCUUCCAAAAUGUUAUAAAAGAAACUAGGGCAGAGCCAAAAAAAGUAACUAGUUGGGUCCUCAACAUUUUUCUGGGUUUUUUAAAGCAACAGAACCUUGCUGUCAAUGAGAGUCCUGUCACACCUUCUGCGCUGGCUGAGCUCCUCAACCUGCUGGACAGAAAAGCCAUCUCUUCAUCAGCAGCUAGACAGGUGUUUGAGGAAUUGUGGCGGAGUAAAGGGAAGACUCCAUCGCAGAUUGUUUCAGAAAAGAAGCUUGAACUGAUGCAGGAUCAAGAGGCGCUGGAACGGGUCUGCCACACCGUGAUGGAGGGGCAUCCUCAAGUGGUAAUGGACAUGAAGAGGGGAAACCCCAGAGCUAUAAACAAACUGAUCGGGUUGGUCCGAAAAGCAACUCUCAGUCGAGCAGACCCGACUGUGAUAAAGGAAAUCCUGGAGAGGAAGUUGUCAUCAUGAGCCCUUCUGGGUCCCCCGUGCCCGAGGGAGAGCAGAGCAGCCUCCACUGAGAACCGGAGCCCGUGACACGUGCCAUCCGGGGGCUCCCAGGCCCUGGCCCCAGCUACAGCCCCGGGAUGCCACCUGCACAGACCAGCCCCGACAGCCCGGCUGCCUCACUGACUUCGAGAUGGUUCCAGCUGCAGUGGUGGGGAAGAAAUAGCACAGUUCCAGUGCUCAGUGAUUCGGGACUGAGACCCUGUUUCAAAUGCUGUCACCGUUCUGAGAAAACUUUUCGUCCGUUGGGAUGCAGUACUUUAAACCUGAAAGUAGAUGAGUGGAGCUAAAAACCACUGCAGAAUUGACACGUUGUAAACAGGAGGCCUCGUGCGGAUGGGAAGGAGGGUGUUAGUCUUACCAGCAUUCUCUCAUCUGAGGACUAAAAGUGACUUUGCCCGUUCAGCUCCCUAGGGACCCAGGAAGGUAAAGGUCUGAGAAUUAAAUGAAACAUUUUUUGUCAAACACACACACAGACGUUUUCAAAUAAAUUUAAUGAAUAAAAUAUAUAGUGAAAUAUCACAUAAAAAAUUAACUUACACUUCAAAGAUUGUGCAGUUAACAACUCCCUCCCCACCCCCACCCCCACCCCCAGGCCAAAGAAAGAUAAACAAGCUGUAACAUUAAAUUGAUUUGUUUUGCCUGGGAAGAGUAAGAUGAUAAAGCUAAAACAUCAGAAUCUUGACCUUUAACAGUAAUUGUGGUGCAGUUAACAACACCCUCGUGAAGGCUGGGCUGCCUUGGCCCCCAGGCUCGGGACGGGAAUGCCGUUCCUCUCUCCCGCACCCAGCGUGCACCGCGUGCUGCUGUUCCCUCCAACUCGCCAUGCUUAACGACCGGUUUCAAGGCUGCUUCUGAAGAGCAUAUGUCAAACUGUGGCAUCGGGAGAACAGACUCUCUGCAGUCUCAGAUUUUACACUGAAUUGCCAAGCCUACUAAGGAGCGUCCGAGCAUUUCCCUCACAGACGAUGCUGCCGUGGCAAGCUGGGGGACUGGGGACAAGCCGGCCUUCCCCGUCGCCAGUGUAGCAGUGAACGGUGCUCAGGACUUCCCUCCCUCAGAGUGUGAUGGAAGCCUCCCUCGGACCCUGCCUGGAAAGCAGGGACAGAAAGGAAACCAGGUGUGUGGUUUAUUCCAGACAAGCAUGAGGAGGUAAGGUUUUUUUUUUUUAAAAAAAAAAAAAAAACUUAUUUUUAAAAAAAUGACUUAGAAUAUUGUGAGAGAAGGUGUUCCCUCACCCAGGAGGCCAUGUGGCCCUCACGCAUUCUGCUCCAGUACUGGAAACUACUGAACCCAGAAGUAAGAUAUUUUUUCUUUUCGAGAGAGAAAGGCAGAGUCCAUUCUCUCUCCUCGCAUUGCAAGACUGAAUUACAAAUGGGCAAAGACAGUCUGAGACUGGAUUCUAGCGGGAUCGUUGUUUUGUAAGAAAUAAUAGGGUUCAGUUUUGUUUUACAAACUCCAUUUUCACCAAAGGUCUGGCUUCUGAGACAUCAAACUUUACAGAAGCCACUAGGGGAUCUUUCCACACCAUUUCAAAUCAAGGCCUUGCUUAAAUGGGUGAUGGGGGGCGGCGGGCAGAGUGAGGAGGCAGCUGGAUGGAGACAGUUUCCCAAAACUAUUAUGUCCAGUGUGAACUGUAUUAUGGACUGAUCAUUUCCAGAGAAAAAUGCCAUCAUGAGAACACCUGACCUUUAAGUGAUGGGUGUUGACCUCUGACAACUUCCCCAUGGUCUUGAAUGCCCACUCUUGAAAUCCUGAAAACUGGACAGUUACGUUGUUAUAACUGCUAAUAGGAAGGGCGCAGCUCAGAUACCUUCCUUGGAACCUGACUAUAUAUUCAAAAGAUAUGUUUGCAUAAUGGUGUCCGAAGUUCACAAAGUAUGGCUCUGCUCAUAAACAGGCCUCAGUCAAAUACAGUUUGAAAUACGUCUUUGCAUGAGCGAGAAUUCGGUCUGGUUCUUUGUUUGCUGUUUCGGUGAAAAUCUCAUUAAAAUGUAAGAGUUGGUGUCCUCGGUAAAGCCAUUGCCAUCUGUCAUUGGAAUCCACACAUACAGGCUGGGAAGGGAAUUUGCUGGAAAACUGGCUCUUCUCCAGGUCAGCAUGAACCAGCUCUACCUGGUCAUGCCCAAACCAUGGGUUCUGUUAGUUGAAAAGGAGGUCGGGUGGUUGGUUCUGGUGGGAGGUUAGGAAUGUAAGCCUCAACACUAGGCACACUGCGUGGCACAGAAUAACUUUAGUGAAGGUUGAUUAAAUUGAUAGAACAAAAUUAGCAGACAGCUUUUUGUGGGGCCUUUUGGUAUGAGAGGUUGGUGCUGCCAACUAGUAGGCUUUUAAAUUCUGGACAUCUGGGUCUAGGAAGGAGAUUCCUGACUCUGUCCAGGCUUAUGCAUCAAGGUGAACUUCUGUUCCUAUCUUUCAAAGUGUAUGUGCCCCAAGAAAAAGAAGCUAAUUGUAAUUUAUACCAAGUUUAGCAUGUUUCAGCUGAGCUUACACACAUACACUUUUGUAAUUACUGCUUAUCUGGAAGAAGGCUAUGGAAUUUUUGAAAGUACACACCCUUCUAGAGCUUUGAGUUAAUUCAAUACACAGUUUAUGGAACUGACCCACAGUUCAUAUCGUCUUUUUCAUUUCUAUUGAAUGUGCUGCAUCACUUCAAGGAGUCUACAUAGUGACUACUGGGGGGAAAAAACACACAGUCUAUCGCAAAGGCCAUGUUAUUUACCCAGUACCAAGAGCAGCAUGGAAACGGCUGCCAUGCUUCUCUGGCACAUCUUAGACAAAUGUAUUCAUGGAUUAUUUGUGAACACGGCUGGACCUAAAGUGAGAGAUGGAUAGAAUCUGAUUGAAAUCCUCUCUCAUUGCCUCCCUUAGUCGAACAAUUAAGCAAAAAUCAUUUAAGUAAGAUCAACACCAAAUUCCCUCUUAAAAAUAUCUCCAGGCAGGGAGCCUGGGUGGCUCAGUUGGUUAAGCAACUGCUUUCGGCCC